ACUCUUCCUAAAAAAGAACAUAUGUAUAUAUAUAAAAACCUUUUCUACAGCAAUUGGCUACAAGAAGAAAUUGCCAAUUUUGGGUUCCAGUAAGCAGAGUGCCGCCAUAUCAUCAUCGUUCUCCGCCACCUAACCGAAAUGGACAGCUCAAAUGCUGCUGGAGUAACGGAAAAUUCCAUCAUCGGCUCCGAUGAAGGGGGCGGCUCCCCCACCCAUGAAACUGACAUUGACAUGGGUGAUGUUAAAGCUGAGCCUGUUGAGUAUCCAUCGCCUCCUGCGUCCCGUUUUCGAGAAGGUGAAAAAGUUCUUGCCUUUCAUAGCCAACAACUCUAUGAAGCUAAGGUUCAAAAAGCUGUGUAUCAAAUGAGGGAGUGGAGAUAUUUUGUUCAUUAUCUUGGUUGGAACAAAAGCUGGGAUGAAUGGGCGGGCAUAGAUCGAUUAAUGAAACACACAGAAGAGAAUGUUCAGAAGCAGCAGGAGCUUAAGAAAAAACAGGAUACAGAUAAAAAUGAGAAGGCUGCACGUGGAUCACAAAUAAAAACUAAAGGUUCUACAGGGAAAAGAGGCAGAAAGCGAAAGAGUGAUGUUCCACCGAAGGACAAGGAUGGUCCUCCUCCAGAAAAGCUUGUCAAUAUCCAAAUACCUCCACAAUUGAAGAAACAGCUGGUUGAUGAUUGUGAAUUUGUCAACCACUUGGGCAAGCUCGUCAGACUUCCUCGUUCUCCAAAUGUGGAAGACAUACUACAGAAAUAUCAUGACUACCGGCUGAAAAAGGAUGGACUGAUAUCUGAGUCUGUUGGAGAGAUUCUUAAUGGUUUGCAAUGCUACUUCGACAAAGCACUUCCUGCUAUGCUCCUUUACAAAAACGAGCGGGAACAGUUUGAGAAAUCAAUUAAAGAAGAUGUCUCACCUUCUUCUGUGUAUGGAGCUGAGCAUUUGUUACGCCUUUUUGUUAAGUUGCCGGAGAUUCUGUUCUAUGCAAGUAUUGAAGAUGAGACAUUGACAGAGUUGAAGCAGAAAUUGCAAGACUUUCUCAGAUUCCUGCAGAAGAAUCAAAGUGCAUUUUUCCUGUCGGCGUACCAUUCUAUAGACGGUUCUGAUGUGGUUGUCAUGAAUGAGGAAAACUGAGUUGGAACCUUUCUUGUUCUAGUGUAUAUAUACUUCUGUAUCACACCUGGUGAUGUAUAUUCUCUGGUUUCAGUGUACAACUUUAUGUUGUAUUACUAGGCAUGUAACUAGUAAUUUUUGCUACUUAUUGCCUGUCAUGUUCUGGCUCUUGAGAACAGUUAUCUAAGUACCCAAACUAUAUUAUAUUAGAUAGGAGAAAGAAAUGUGUUUGUUGACUCUA